AUGGCUAAAAGCAAUUUCCAUUUAUGCCCUUCAUUUGACCAACCUGCUGUGAAGGCUGAAAAAAGUUCCCCAAUUUUCGUUCAAUUGAGGCCACAAAAUCAAUUAAUCGCCGCUGAAAUCUGCCGAAAUCCGGUGGUUUCAAAGCACAAGAUAGACGAUUCACAUAGGAACCCGGGGUCAGAGGGAUUGUACUCCGGCAAGAGCUUGAUGAGCAGCGACACCACCGUCGAGACGGCCGCCCUCAGCCACUCUUCCGCCAGCUUCAGCCUGUUCUUGUUUGAGCUUCCAGCGGUCUCGCCGGAGCAGGUAGCACUGUAG